AAAUUUCUUACGUAGCAGGUGAACUCCUGUUACAAUAAUAAGUGGUCUGAAUUGAUGGUGUCUGGGUUUUUUCAAGAAAUAAAGAAAUGGUGGGGGUCAAAAUUUUGGUAGAUUGUUCACUCAUAUCGUAAAAUAAAAAGUUCGAAUAUAAAUACUUUCCCCCGAUAUACAUACAACUUGUGUACUCAAUCGUAAAGAAGAUUCGGUCCAGUUACGGCGAAACAGGAAUUGAAAAGAAAUAUCUCUCGGGAUCGAGAUCACGUGACAUCCAGAAAUUAAACUUCCGUAAUGUACAAGUCAACAGUCGAACAAGCUGAAAACGAUGGAUGAACCAGCAAAUAGACUUCGGCAGGCCCUGGAAAAGUUCAUCAGACAUGUGGACGAUUUGAUCGACGAAGAAGACCCCGCGGGAAAUGGGUUUCAUCGUGAAUAUAGGGAUCUGAGAGAGAUUGCAGCUCAUCAUAAGGAAAACGAAACCUUUCCUGCUAACUGGGGAAAACAGCCAUACAAUACUAAAAAGAAUCGAUACAGAGAUAUUGUACCAUUUGAUGACAGUCGAGUUACCAUAGAUGAAAUUGAAGGAGAAGAAGGUUCAGAUUACAUCAAUGCCAGUUACAUACAGAAUGUCCACAAGAGUGAUGCCUACAUUGCUUCCCAGGGGCCACUGCCAACCACAGUGGACGACUUCUGGAGAAUGGUAUGGGAGCAGAGGGUAAGGGUCAUACUAAUGGCCUGUAAAGAGGUGGAAGUGGGCAAGAAAAAAUGUGCCCGGUAUUGGCCAAACAGUCAGGAUGAAGAUAUACAAUAUGGCACCAUUCAUCUGCAUUUGCAAGAGGAAAACUGGUUCGCAGAUGAUUGUGUGGAGAGAACGCUGGAAGUGAAACGUGAGGGUGAGAAUGAUCGGAGGAUAGUUUCACAGUUCCAGUACACUGGCUGGCCGGACCACGGAAUUCCAGAUGAUAUUGAUGUCAUCCUCACCAUGAUUGCCAAAAUGAGAGAAAUCCGGAGCCGUGACAAAAGUUUUGAUCCGGUUGUCGUCCAUUGCAGCGCUGGGUGUGGAAGAACAGGAACUAUCUGUGCCGUAGACUAUUCUUGGGAUGUAUUGAAGUGUGGGAAAUUAGACUGUGAUUUUCACUUGUAUGAAAUAGUGAGAGAGAUGAGGGAACAGCGACAAUCCAUGAUCCAAACUCCAGACCAGUACGAAAUGGCCCAUCGCUGUGUCCGGGAAUUGUUCCAGCAGCAUAUAGAGGCAUUGGAUGGCAACAUUUAUGCAAAUUUUGAACCCAGCCCUGGAAAUGAUGAGUAUUACAAUGUUGAUCUUGAUGGCCACACAGACCCCAAUAAAGAGGUGGAUCCCUAUGAAAUGGUUGGCAUUGGAGAAAACCAGCCUACUUUCAAACUAGCGAAGGAUUCGCCCAGUACGUCUGCCAUCAUUUCCAUUCUGGAGAGGGAUGCUCUGCAGACAAUUGACAUGUAUUCCACACCCAAGGCCUUUGAAGAGGCACUAGAGGACUUACAGAAAGCAGCAGAAUCAGCACCACGUAGAGCCUCGCACCCCAAGCCUAACCUUAAACCUAAACCCGCAUUUGUUCCAGAGCCUAAAGAUGGAGGAAAACCGGCUGGCUAUGAAAAUGUUUGUGAUGAUGGAAAGUAUGAAAACAUGAACAAGUCAGAUCAUUUAAAAUUCCACCAUGAGCAAUCGAGUCCAAAAAUAGCAAAAAAGGAGAAACCAGCAAUUUUACACAAAAAGCUUGAGGACCAUCCAAAGACAGGUCCUGUCUUUGAAGAGAGUGUCAAAUCUGGAUAUCAGUUUGAAUCCUCAAAUAGUAAAUCAGGGCCAGUUUUUCAAAAGACUCAUUCCUCCAAACCAGGGUCCCAUGAAAUGUCCAGCAAUACUAACUCUUUUCCACCAACUGUCAGUUCACGGCCAGGACACCAGUUCGAACCACCAGCAAAUAUAAAGUCUGGUCCCCAAUUCCAAGAAUCCACAAAUGCAAGAUCAGGGCCUCAGUUUUCUCAGCCUAUGACAGGGCCAUCUGAGAGUUCAGAUCCCAGCAAGCCCAAAGUGAGUUACAGACAAACUAGCAUAGAGUCAGCUCCCAAAAACAAGACUGUGAUAACGAUUGGAAGUCAAUCAAGAAUUUCUUACAUUGAUAAUGUAGAUGAUGGAAAAACCAAUAGUUCUGUGAAUCAGACACGGAAUUCUAAAGGACUUACUCAAACUAAUGAGGAGUUUUAUGACAAAGCCAAACCACAAAUUUCUGAGAGGUCUUCCAGUCAUGAACCUGCUUUGUAUUCACAAGUCCAGAAAACGGCUCCAUUUUCUAAAAGUCUUGGACCAGCCACUGCUUGUAAUGACAACAUGUAUGAAACAAUCACAGGUGAAAAUUAUGCAAAGAAGAGGAGCAGCGAUUCCAAAAUCGGGUCUUCUGUGAGAAGUGAUACAUAUUCAGAGGUUGACAUUGCUAAAAUGGACCUUAGUAAUGCCCCUCCCAUCCCCAACAGGGGAUACAAAACAGAGGAUCCAGCUGUCCAGGUACCCUCAGCCCACACGAUUCACGGACUAACCACUUUAGAACGAAAGUCCGACUAUGUUGAAAACAACACAGAAUUUACUUCCCUUGCAAAGGGUUUCAGUAACAACAGUGCUUUGUCAAAGGUGAAACAUAACAUCAAAGACAAGUUAAAUAUUGGAAACAACAAUGAAGAACUGCAUGCUAUACCAACAAAUAUUGUGAAGAGUAGGAUCCGCACCUGGGGACAGACACCAGUCACAUCCCAGGGUUCAACACAAGACUGGAGAAAAAGCCUGGUGGUCCAAAAGAAAAACCAAAUUUUUGGAAAAAAAUCCUGAAAUGAAAUCUUCACCGAGUCUUUCAUCAUAACAUAUCUCUACCUUUUUAUGCUUUCAUAGUUUUCUACCAAUUUGUUUUAUUGUACACGGACCAAUAUUAUGUUUGUUUUUUUAAACAGCAUGAUGUAUUACUGGAUUUCAAAGCAUGAGUUUACCAUGCGUUUGAUUGGGAACCAUUAGAUAUUUCUACCAUCAGGUUUUAAUAUACUGUAGAAGUUUCUCUUUCAUAACAGAAAACUUUAACAGAAUAGUCCACAAGAAAACCAUAAGAUCACUCACCUUUUUCGGUUAAAGUAAUCGGACAAUACAUGUACCAUGAGAUUUCAGAACUAUUUGCAAUUUUUUCCUGCUUAGUUCGAUGUAUUACCAUAAUGAAAGUCUACCUCUCCGGAAGUCCGACAACUCUUUAAUUAUAUACAUUGGGAAUCAGAGUAGCAUUAUCUUGGGGCUAUGAUCAACAUUGAACGAUAAACAUUCAAAUGUAGAAAAUCAUCCGGGAUCCUCCUGUCAUGUGUUUUAGUAAAUCAGAAUUUUACUUGUUGAAUGAGGUUGUAGGGGAUAGUUAAUAUAAUGUACGAUACAAGUACAGUUGGAACUCGUUAUCUCGAACUCAAUGGGACCGAGAAAAAACUUUGAGAUAUCCGAGGAUUCGAAAUAUGUCGAGGGUAAAAUACUUAAAGAAUAAGUGGUUGAUACUUCCAAAUCACUUCGACAUAUGCAUGGUAUUCGAGAUAUCGGUGUUCGAAAUAACGAAGUUCAGCCGUAUAUGAAUAUUGCUACUUAGACUUGUAAGACGGCUAUUUGUCGACAGAUUUGUAAUUUAGAUUUUAAAUAGAUUUAAUUAAAUUCAAUAAAAAAUGACAUGACAACGAAGAGCCGAAUGUAUUUUUCUCAUUCUUGGAUCUUAAGGAUUUAAAAUUCAUUUAAAUAAUAUGGUUUUCUGAAUUCAUUUAAUUUGAAGAACAGAUGCAUUAUUCAAGUAUGGAUUGAAUUCGGGUUUGAAAGCUUGAAGUGAACGUGUAUCUGAUUUGAUAGUUUUUUUAAAGAAAGAAAAGUAUUUCAUUUGAUAUUCAUAUGAUGUCAUAGCUUUCAUGUUCAGUAUAUUUGAAUUAUAAUAUUGUUAAUUCUGCGAAAUGUCGAGGCUUGUCUAAACCUGACAAAAUGAUAGUACUCGUGUAUCAAUCGUUAGUCAAUCUAAUAGUUGACGUGAAGAUUGAACGCAUACUUAUACUAUAGCCUCUAAAUAUGUACGUAUGUGGUUUUUGAAUUUGUACAAAGUUUUUUGUUGAUCUAUUUAUAUAUAUAUAUUUAAUAUACCGCUGUUUCAUAAUUGAUUAAACAUACAUCAUUGUU